GAUAUUGCUCUCCUUGGUUCAGAUCCUUCGAAAAUGCAAACUGUCUUGGAUAGCCUAGAUUAUUUCGCCACACGUUUUGGUGUGCGUUCCACACCUGUGAAGUUUAAAGUGCUUCCACAAGACUGUGUGGGACCAAACCCGAACCUCAUGCUUGCAAACGAGCCAAUCGAUGUGCUAAAUAAAUUUGUUCACUUGAGCAGCUGUAUAAGUUCCGGUGGACUGGCUGGAGAUUACGUUACUUCUCGAACCGGGAAAUCAAUAGUAGCCUUCGCCAAACUCCGACAUCUAUGUCGCCGGAGUGACGUUUUAAUCUAUGAUCAACUCGGUCGAGAUAUUAUUUCCCCAUUGCUAACCGUCAAGGAGCUACGUUCCCUUGGCGUAACCCUUCAUCUUCUCCUUGAUUCCCCUCGUGAACACAUUCCAGAUGUUGCUGCAGUAUACUUUGUCUAUCCGUCAAAAGAAAAUGUGCAGAACAUAUGUAAAGAUUUCGAAUCGGGUCGAUACGAAUCCUACUAUUUGAACUUCAUCAGUCCAAUUUCCCGAGAGUCCUUAGAACAAAUAGCUCAGACAGCACUAUCGGAAGAUUGCGUCCAGCAAAUUGCGAAGGUCUUUGAUCAGUACACCAAUUUCGUGUGUCUUGAGGAUGACCUUCUGGUUUUACGACCUUUGCUUUGCAACAAUUUGCCCUCAUACUAUGCGCUCAACCGUGCCAACGCUUCUGACAGCGACAUUGAAGCCAUAGUUGAUUCAACGGUGGAUGGUCUGUUCUCCGUAUUUGCCACGCUGGGCACAGUGCCAAUUAUACGAUGUCCAAAAGGAGAUGCUUCGGAGAUGAUAGCGACGCGCCUGGAUGCGAAGUUACGCGACAGUUUACGGGAUUCUCGCAGUUCGUUGUUUGUCACUAGUGAGUCUGCUCGUGGGUAUACAGCAAGCGGGGCUCCGGGAAUUGGUGUUGGGGGGAUGACUCGUUCUUCCCAGAAUCCUGGAGUGACUUCAACAAACCCGACAUUUUCAAAUCUCUUCCAGCGUCCGCUGCUUGUCCUGUUAGACCGGAAUUUGGAUCUUGCCACUCCUCUUCAUCAUGAACUGACAUAUCAGAGCCUAGUACAUGAUAUCUUUAAAAUUACACUCAACCGCAUCAAAGUCGACUUAGAUUUGGCCAAAGAAGUUACCAGCUCAGAUGUGGAUGGACUGCCUGCGCCUAAAUCCAAAACGAACAAAAGGCCGGGCAAACUUGAACAAUAUGAACUCACUACGGUAACCGAUCGAUUGUGGCGCGACUUCAAAGGUGCAGCCUUCUCAGAAGUCGCCGAAGCCAUCCGUGACGAGGUGACUAUCUUGCGCGACUACGAAAAGCGUAUGGGCGAACUGAAGUCAGUGAUGGGACUCUCAGACAGUUUUGCUUCACUGGAUGAAUCCACACUUACUCUUUUGGAUGACAAUACCGCCCGACUGACCAGUGCUGUAAGUUCCCUUCCCCAGUUGAUGGAACGGAAAAGAUGUUUGGAUAUGCACACGAACAUCGCCACUUGCCUUGCUAAUGUGAUCACCCAGCGGCAAUUACAUGUGUUUGCAGAGGAGGAAGAUAAACUUCUGGCGAAGCAAACAACGGUGGAUCUUCUGGAAAAUGUAUUUUCUCUGGUGUUUUUGUUCGGAAUGAGACUUGAUGAAUUGACCGUUCUUUCUGUGUAUUAUUUGCGAUCCUCACUGGUCACAUCUUUUGAUACCUCUAUUCAGGAUUCUAGUCUUUCCGAGCUGAUAAAAAAUGUGGCUAUGGGCACACCAGAGGACAAACUUCGUCUUCUGUUAUUCGCGGCUCUUCUGAGAAGCAGUAACUUUGUUCCUGGCGCAGUAGGCUCUGCAUCUGGUUCCGGUGCAACAGGACUUGGUGGUUCAGUCAGCGGUGGGGGUUCAGAAUUCUGCCUAUCAGACACGGAAUUGACUCAGUUGAAAAAUCUACUGAAAGAAUCGUGUCCAGAACUAGACCUCAGUUCUGUUGACUACGUGCAACACUUGAGACGCCUCCCAAAACUCAUCCAAGCGGGAGAUCAGUCGGGAUUCGGUGAUCUCAAGUCAAAUUCUAGUCGAAGUAUGCUGAACAAACUAGUGUCGCACGGAUCGGCUAUAUUCCUCACUGGAAUGCGACAUCUGAUUGGUCGGAAGUCGUAUCUCCCCUUCACUCGUGUCGUAUCACAGCUGAUGGAGAACAAAGGUGGGGCGGAAGCCGAAGAAUACCGUUAUUUUGACCCAAAACUAUACCGUCGUCAAGGCGUGGAUGUUCCACGGUGUAAACAGCCGUUUUACGAGGCCUACGUGUUUGUGGUCGGUGGUGGAUCAUAUGUGGAAUAUCAGAAUUUGCUCGAUUGGGCUCGAUCCACAACCGGUGGUACGAGUGGUUCGUCAGCCCACUUGGCAGGGCUUGUCAACGGCACAGUCACAAGUGGACCGGGGUCAAAUAUUGAUUCUGCGUCUGGGAGUACCGCUUCAUCUACAACCUCAGGGACGAAUGCUAAGCGUAUUGUCUAUGGUUGUACCGAGCUUCUUAAUGCCACGGACUUCUUGGAUCAGCUUUCUAGACUGGGGAAGGAGCUUUAGCGUCCACACUUUAUUGUCGUUCUCCGUCAGCUUUGAACGAGUGAAAGGUUGUUUACUCUGCGGAAUUUCCCAUGAAUGCGGCCCGUUUCAACGGUGGUCACUUAUUUUUUGAUUCUCUUGGAGGAAACUGGACUAUUAUCCAUCCGUGUGUAUCUGUUGUCACACCAGGUCUCUUGAUGGACAAUGCAGACACUCCUCACCUAACAAUCAGGGCAUGAAUAAUCUUAUUUUGAACUUCCAUGCCUAUCCAUUUUUCCCAUUGACUUGGCAAGGCUUGGUUUGUUUUGAAAAUUUUCUGGGGUGUAUCACUGGUCACCUGUUUUUGAUUUGUUACUUGUGAAUUUCCCACAGUUUCUCACCUGCUCGUAAUAUGAUCACUUAUACUCACUCUACGCUUGCUGCAUUUGGAUUUGAAUCUUGCUGCUGUGUAAAUCUCCAGCCUGCUCUUACCACAUUAUAAUCAGAUGCCGAAUUCUAGUC